CCUCCCCCAUCCUCCCUCUCUCCCUGUUCUCUCCCUGUUCUCUCCCUGUGUUGGUUUCAGUCUUUGCAUUAUAAUUUCUCUCUUUCAGUGCUGCGAGGACGCUGAGAUUCUGCUGCCUAAACUCACCUGCUGAACAUCAGACGCACCGACUCCGGACCUUUGACCUCUGACCCCUGAAGGAGCCAUGAGCCAUCAGAGCUCUCUGGGUCCCGGUGACGCCCUCAGUCUGUCUGCAUCUCUGUCUCCUCCUCCUCCUCCACGUUGCCAUAGUGAUGAAGAAGAGGAGGAUCUGAACAAGGCCUUUGAUGUUCAGGGUUUUCAGCAGAUCCUUUGUCCUGCAGCUCGCGGCCCGCCAGAAAAACACAGAACCUACGAUGAGCAGGACUUUGAAGAUCACCGUCACUUUUCUCUCCACGUCCAUCAUCCUCUGUCCAAACCGCCCACUGACAGCAGGAGGAAGAGGACCAACGAGGGGAGGAAGGAGGCAAGGCGAGGGUCCACCCCUAACACUGCAGCCACCAUAGAAGAAGACCAGGAGGAAGAGGAGGGCGAGGAAGAGUCCUACAGUCAGAAUGAUGGAGAGGAGGGACGAACGACCACACCCACCAAUGACCCACCCACCACCUCGACCAAUCACAACGGCCUCUCACCUGGCUGCAUCAUGACGAGUGUCGCCAGUGAUGAUGCUGAAGAGGCUGAAACACUGAUGUCUGUCGACCUGGACGGCAUCAAGAGUCACCGAUUGGACGACGUUCCGGCAGUGCGGCGUCACCUGGUGAGGCGGAGCUCCAAAGGGCCGAUCGUCCACGUCACCAAAGAUCAGAUCAGCAGCCGAACACAGUCACACUUCCAACACCUUCAUCACCUCCAACACCUUCAACCAGACCGCACACCUCAUGAGGUGUUUGUGGAGCUGAACGAGCUGGUGAUUGACAGAAACCAGGAGCUGCAGUGGAGGGAGACGGCUCGAUGGAUCAAGUUUGAGGAGGAGGUGGAGGAGGAGACGGAGCGCUGGGGGAGACCUCACAUCCCCUCCCUGUCCUUCCGCUCCCUGCUGGAGCUCCGAAAAACCAUCUCCCACGGGGCGGUUCUCCUGGACCUGAAGCAGAGGACUCUGCCGGGCAUCGCUCAGCAGGUGGUGGAGCAGAUGGUCAUCUCAGAUCAGAUCAAAGCUGAAGACCGAGCCAACGUCCUCAAAGCUCUGCUGCUCAGACACAGUCACCCCAGUGAUGAGAAAGAUCACAGCUUGUUCAGCAAGAACAUCUCUGCAGCCAACAUGGCCGCCCUGAUGGAUAGACACAACGGCCAAUUAGAGCCCUCCAUCAAUCUGACGAAUCACAGAGAGGCUGACGGAGAGAAGAACAAGAUAGAAGCCCCGCCCCUCAGUCACUCCAGAUCCAAACAUGAAGUGAAGCUGAUGGAGAAGAUCCCAGAGAGAGCCGAGGCCACCGUCGUCCUCGUGGGCAGUGUGGGCUUCCUGGACCAACCCUCCAUGGCGUUUGUGCGGCUGCAGGAGGCGGUCCUGCUGGAGUCCGUCCUGGAGGUUCCUGUCCCCGUGAGGUUCCUCUUCCUCCUGCUGGGCCCACCCACCGCCAACAUCGACUACCACCAGAUUGGACGCUCCAUCUCCACGCUCAUGUCAGACAAGCACUUCCACGAGGCGGCGUACCAGGCCGACGACCGCCAGGAUCUGCUGACAGCCAUCAACCGUUUUUUGGACUGUAGUGUCGUCCUUCCUCCCUCGGAGGUCGGCGGCGAUGAGCUGCUCCACUCGGUCGCUCGUUUCCAACGAGAAAUGCUCCGAAAAAGGGAGGAGGAGCAGAGCGGCAAACUGCAGGAGAAACAGACAAGCAUUCAACAGGAUGAAGACUCCCUCGUUCCCUCCAAACCCUGUGAUGAGCCCCUGAGACGUUCAGGCCGUCUUUUCGGAGGUCUGAUCAAAGACGUGACACGGCGCUACCCUCAAUACCUCAGUGACCUUCGAGAUGCUCUGAACCCUCAGUGCAUGGCCGCCAUCAUCUUCAUCUACUUUGCCGCGCUGUCACCUGCCAUCACCUUUGGUGGACUUCUGGGUGAGAAAACUGAGGGUCUGAUUGGUGUGUCGGAGCUGAUAGUUGCCACGGCGAUGCAGGGCAUAGUGUUCAGCGUUCUGGGUGCUCAGCCUCUACUUGUGAUUGGCUUCUCUGGACCGCUGCUGGUGUUUGAAGAGGCCUUCUACACUUUUUGUAAAGACAACGGGAUUGAGUAUCUGACGGGCCGGGUGUGGAUCGGAUUCUGGCUCGUGCUCAUCGUUCUCCUCACAGUGGCCUUUGAGGGAAGCUUCCUGGUUCGCUUCGUCUCCCGUUUCACUCAGGAGAUCUUCUCCUUCCUCAUCUCCCUCAUUUUCAUCUACGAGACCUUUGCCAAACUGGUCAAGAUCUUUCAAGAGCAUCCUCUCCAAAACUGUUAUCAUGGAAACAACACAGUAUCUCCAUCUCUGUGCAACUACACCGCAGUCUCUGGCAAUCCUGAGAAGGUUGUUGGAGAACCAAACACAGCCCUGCUGUCAUUUGUGCUCAUGGCGGGAACAUAUUUCAUUGCUUUCUACCUGCGCAAGUUCAAGAACAGCUCCUUCUUCCCCGGCAGGCUUCGUAGGAUCAUUGGAGACUUUGGGGUUCCCAUUGCUAUCCUCAUCAUGGUGCUGGUGGACUACAGUGUGGAGGACACCUACACCCAGAAACUGAAUGUGCCCAGUGGAUUCUCAGUGUCCAGUCCGGAGAAGCGUGGUUGGCUGAUUUCUCCUCUGGGGUCGGACGGGCAGUUUCCUGUUUGGAUGAUGGCCGCCAGCAUCCUGCCGGCCAUUCUUGUCUUCAUUCUCAUCUUCAUGGAGUCCCAGAUCACAGCGUUGAUUGUCAGUAAGAAGGAGAGGAUGCUGGUGAAGGGAACUGGUUUUCACCUAGACCUCCUCAUCAUCGUGGUGGUGGGUGGAGUCUCAGCGCUGUUUGGUUUGCCCUGGUUAUCAGCCGCCACCGUUCGCUCCGUCACCCACACCAACGCCCUCACUGUCAUGAGCAAAGCAGUCGCCCCUGGAGACAAGCCUCGCAUCCAGGAGGUCAAGGAGCAGAGGGUGACAGGCUUCCUGGUGGCUGUUUUAGUGGGUCUGUCCAUUGUGAUCGGGGAGGUUCUUCGUCAGAUCCCUCUGGCGGUGCUGUUUGGGAUUUUCCUCUACAUGGGAGUGAUGUCGCUGAACGGGAUCCAGCUCACUGAGCGACUCAUCCUGCUGCUAAUGCCCCCGAAGUACCACCCUGACCACAACUAUGUCCGCAAGGUGCGGACGUUAAGGAUGCACCUGUUCACUCUUGUCCAGCUGACCUGUCUGUCUCUCCUGUGGGUCGUCAUGGCGACGGCAGCAGCACUGGCGUUCCCCUUUAUGCUGCUGCUGACCAUCCCGGUGAGGAUGCUGCUACUGCCCCGCCUCUUCACCUGGAGAGAGCUGCAGAGUUUGGAUGCUGAUGAUGCAGAGCCUCACCUGGAGGAGAAGGAGGGGCAGGACGAGUACUCACAGCUGCAGAUGCCCGUGUGACCCGGCGGCAGCCUCACGAUUGGUCGAUCCACCUCCUUCAUUAGCAUAUCUGACAUGUAUCCUGUAGCAGCGCUGGGCAGGUGGACUGUACGCGCUUCUGAAAUCAUGUUUUUAUAAAUCUGAUUUUGUAUUUUCUGUUUUGGGGAGUGGGUUUGUUUCUGUAUGGCUCUGAUGAAGCUGCCGAACACACUGAUGGAAACCUGAACUGUGUUUUACUUCCUGAUUGUUCUGUCCUUCUGUACGACGCAUCAUGUUUUAAAGAUCACACUAACUGAAAAAUGUCUGUUCUGUUUUGUGUCCCUGACUGAAUUUUCUCUAUCAUUAAAUGCAAAGUUUAUCUUUAAAAUUGA